AUGACUUCCACGGACGUUGACGAUUUCGAGGAGCUUAUCGCUAAGCAGACUCAGCUCAUGAAUUCCGUCAAUCAAGCUCUAAUCAAUUUUAAGAAGAUGGGUCAAAGUAACAUGACUCAUGCCGUCACCGUAAGUCGCCUCGCGCGACUCAAGGAGCAAUUCGACAAGAUCCGGGUACUGGACGCCAAGCUGCAAGCAACCGCCAGCGGCAAAACAAAGGCCACAGAUCCCUACUUCAUAGAAGCUCAGUUCGUCGCAUGUGAGGACAACUACGACGAGUGUAGCGACUACAUGGCGGAGGUAGCAGCAAGGACGAACCCUAGACUAGCCGCUGGACCUGCCCCCGAAUCGGCCGCUGAACCGGCCGCUGCAUACGCAAGUAUCGACACCUCUGUGGGAGCUCGUCCGAUCUCGCGAUUUCCGCGCAUCGAAUUGCCGGCCUUCGACGGGUCCAUCCAUCGGUGGGAGACCUUUCGUGACCGUUUCAAGUCAAUGAUCAUCGACGACCCUUGCUUAUCUAACGUCGAACGCAUGCAUUAUUUAUGUUCGGUACUCACCGGUGACGCGAGCAACGCUCUGAAUCAUUUAGCCGUCACCGACGACAAUUUUGCGGUAGCGUGGAACAUUAUCACAUCUCGCUUCGAAAACAAACGCCGAUUGAUCACCGCGCACUUACAAACUCUCUGUCAGCUUCUGCAAGUCGCGACCAAAACCACACGAGAAAUACAGACCCUACACGAUCAAACCAAUAUGUCAAUACAAGCAUUAAAAAAUCUUGGUUAUCCUGUCCUUGUGUUUUUGGUUUCGCAAAAAUUAGACAAAGCGUCCCGAAAGACAUGGAAACUUAAACUCAGUGAUAUCGUAGAGUUUCCGUCGUAUUCCAAACUUGAUAAAUUCCUCGAAAAUCACAUACGCGCACUCGAGGCUAUCCUUCCGAUGAAAACAAACAACGCGGCCAAGUCAACGACGGUAAAAACGGAAGCCCGAAGCGUCGCCGCGCACGCAACCACCACCACGAAAUUUGAAUGCUCAGUGUGUAAAAAAUCGCAUCCUCUAUUCCAAUGCAUGCAAUUCUUAUCAUGGUCCCCUGCGCGUCAGCACGAACUCAUCAAAUCGCAAAAACGAUGCUUUAAUUGCCUCGCCGCCAAUCACUCAAUUAAAGAUUGUAAAAACGAACAUCGGUGCCGAGAGUGUCACAGCAAACAUCAUACGCUGCUUCACCUCUCGGACACUUCAAGGUCAUCACCUGAGGAUUCAACAACAACAAGCAAUUCGGCCAAAACCAAAGCGAGCGGAGACAUUGUAUCGCUCACGAUUUCGCGCUCUACGCAAUCCGCACCAGUGGUGCUUCUCGCCACUGCACGAGUCCGCGUGUUCUCAACCGACGGAACAGUCGUUCCCGCUCGGGCUCUCGUAGAUCAAGGCUCCGCUGCGACUCUUAUAUCGGAAAGAUUAGCGCAAUUGUUAAAGCAUCUUAACGAGAUCUCUCUCGCUGACCGAGAUCCGAACAACUCCGACCCGAUUGACAUAAUAAUCGGUGCCGAUUUACAUAGCUUAAUUAUUCCCGAAGGUUUACGAAAAGGACGGAGCUCCGAACCGAUCCCGCAGAAUACAGCAUUAAGCUGGAUUCUAUCCGGGCCUGCUUCCGAGCCACUUCCGCAACCACCCGUGCACACGCAUCACAGUGCGAUCUCUAACAACCUUGACCUCACUCUUCGUCAGUUUUGGGAGAUGGAGGAUCUCCCGCAAAGUACUUUUCCGAGCCAGGAAAAAAAACAGUGCAAAGAACAUUUUCUCGCUACGCACUCUCGCCUACCCGACGGGCGAUAUCGUGUCCGCCUUCCUUUCCGUAACGGUCCGCCGACGGACCUCGGCGAUUCCAAAGUCGCCGCUCUCGCUAAUCUCGCGCGAGUGGAGAGUCGCCUCCAUCGCGACCCUCCAAAGGCAAAGGCCUACGCCGCGUUUCUCCAAAAAUAUAGCGAUCUUGGUCACAUGCUAAAAGUAUCCGAAACGAAGCCUUCCGAACAGUCGUCCGCGUAUUACAUCCCGCAUCACGCCGUUACUCGCGAUAGUAGUACGACGACACGACUACGCAUCGUAUUUAACGCUUCCAGCCGUACCAGCACGGGCAAAUUCUUAAACGAUUACUUAUUAACCGGAGCCAAAUUACAGAACGAUUUUUGUACCGUCAUCCUACAAUGGCGUCAAUAUCGCUACGUUCUGUCCGCCGAUAUAGCAAAUAUGUAUCGCCAAAUCCUGGUGGAUUCGCGCGAUACUACCUACCUGCGAAUUCUGUGGCGAAACGCAUCAACCGCUCACGUCGAGGAAUAUCGACUCCUCACCGUAACUUACGGCACCGCGUCCGCCCCUUUCUUAGCGCUCCGUGUUCUUCAACAACUGACAACGGAUGACGGUUCUGAGUUCCCAUUAGCGAUCUCGGUGAUGCAGCGUCACAUCUACGUCGACGACUGCUCGUUCGGCGCGGAUGAUCUCGACAUCGCGCGACAGACUCGCGACCAACUCAUCGUCCUCCUUGCGCGCGGCGGUUUUCGCCUCCGCAAAUGGGCAAGUAAUUGCCCUUUUCUCAUUAGCGAUAUCGAUCCCACCGACCACGGCCAUGCGGGAGACAAGGAUAUCCAUGAAGAUCAUUCGUUAAACAUUCUGGGCGUCUCCUGGCAUCCGCAGCAAGACCUCCCACUACUCGAACGGAUCACAAUUCCGCGCUGGACGCAAUUCUCACCCGACGCAUCCAAGGUCGAGUUACAUGGAUUCGCGGACGCGUCCACGAAAGCCUACGCCGCCGUAGCAUAUUUGCGAGUCGUCUCUUCUAACGAUAAGAUUGAGGUGUCUCUGUUGGCAGCGAAAUCCAAGGUCGCACCAAUUAAAACUAUUGAUUCUACGAUUACAUUAGCGUGGUUAAGACAAUCGCUAGCGCGUUGGAAAACAUUCGUUGCCAACAGAGUCGCUCAAGUGCAACAGCUGCUGUCGAAUGAAACUUGGAGACACGUUCCGACGAAAGACAACCCAGCCGAUCAAGCAUCGCGCGGACUCUUUCCCUCCAUGAUCCGCGACAACCUCCAGUGGUGGCAAGGCCCGUCGUAG